AUGAUUGAAACAAAAGUUAAAAGUAACAACAGUGAAAAGCAUAACAAUAGCAUUACUUCACUUGAAAAGGCAAAUCUAUAUAGUGUAUUCGAUCAUGAAAACGUAUUGCCUUCAGUAUUACCUAUUUAUAAAGAACUAAACCAAGUUGACUUGCAAAUUCAUCAUUGGAAAAUUGAUGACUGGACUGCAUUAGACAAUCGUAGUCAUGGCCCAAUUUUUGAAGCAGCAGGAUUUCAAUGGCGUAUCUUGUUAUUUCCAAAAGGAAAUAGUCAACAUGAAAUGACUUCCAUUUAUCUUGAAGUUGUUAUGGAUACUAAAUCAAAAGAAUAUAAUAAAAAUUGGUCCGUGUGUGGCCAAUUUGCCAUUGUCAUUUCAAAUCCUGACAAUCCAAAACAUUUCUUUGCUAAUCAUGCUCAUCAUCGUUUUUGUGACGAAGAAAUUGACUGGGGCUUUACUCGUUUUCAUGAUAUCAAGUCAUUAACGAAUGGAAAAGAACCUUUUAUUAACAGUCAACAUCAAACAACUAUUUCUAUCUUUUUAAGGGUUGUUAAAGAUGAAACAGGUGUCUUGUGGCAUAAUUUGAUAAAUUAUGAUUCUCGUAAAGAAACAGGUUAUGUGGGUAUUCGAAAUCAGGGAGCAACUUGUUACAUGAAUUCAUUAAUUCAAUCAUUGUAUUUUACCAAUAUAUUUCGAAAAGCAGUUUAUAAAAUCCCAACUGAGAAAGAAGAUCCAACAAAUAGCGUCGCCUUAGCUUUACAACGCUGUUUUUAUAAUUUACAAUUUUCAGAUGAUGCCGUUAGCACAACUGAAUUAACAAAAUCAUUUGGUUGGGAUUCACUAGAUUCUUUUAUGCAACAUGACGUACAAGAGUUUAGUAGAGUUUUACAAGAUAAUUUAGAAUUAAAAAUGAAGGGUACACCAGUAGACGGUGCAGUGACUAAUAUAUUUAUGGGGAAAAUGAAAAGUUAUAUAAAAUGCAUAGAUGUUAAUUAUGAAUCCUCUCGUGUGGAAGAUUUUUACGAUAUUCAGUUAAAUGUAAAGGGUUGCAAAAAUUUAAAAGAAUCUUUUGAGAAAUAUGUAGACGUCGAAGUCAUGAAUGGAGAGAAUAAAUAUAUGGCAGAAGGUUAUGGCCUUCAAGAUGCGCAUAAAGGGGUUUUAUUUGAAAGCUUUCCUCCAGUACUUCAUCUUCAAUUAAAACGAUUUGAAUAUGACAUGCAAAGAGAUACAAUGGUUAAGAUUAACGACCAUCAUGUAUUCCCAGAUCAAAUAAAUCUUGAUGAAUUUUGUUCUACACCAUGUUUGAAAAAAGAAGAACGUAAUUAUAUUCUUCAUGGUGUACUAGUUCAUAGCGGUGAUAUAGAUGGUGGUCAUUAUUUUGCUUUAUUAAAACCUGAAAAGAAUGGGAAAUGGUUUCGAUUUGAUGACGAUCGUGUUACUCCAGUCACACUAAGAGAGGUAUUUGAAGAUAACUAUGGAGAUGAUCCUUUACGGCCAGCAAACGAAAAUGAUGAUGAUCGCCUUGAAGCGAUUUACAAAUGCUUAUAUGCUUGUAUACUUUCAAGAAUCAAAGAUAGAUGA